CCGGUCAGGACUCAGGAGUCCAAAACCUUUAGAGAUAACUGACGAAGCGAAAAAUUGUCUAGCUAUCGAUGUCUCCCGCAUUCCAUCAGCGAAGGUAUACUAUAGCAAACUAUUAAAAGAAAUCUCGUCUACUUUUAUAAAGAGAAACGUCAUGAUACAGUUAUAGCCAAUUUGGAACUGUCAGGAGGCGACCGACUGGGACCCUACUGUGAUUGUUAUUGAUUUUAUUUCGUUUCUGUCGUCGAGGUAAAAUGCAGACGCACUUGCCAUCAGUUAAAAAUACUCACAGGCUUCUUAGGCAAUCUCUUUGGCAUUCUACCGUUAAAAAGCAUUCUUGGAUUCAGGUAUUUGAACUUGAUACCUGUAAUUUAUUGAAUCGCCGGUAAUCGCUCAGCUGAACUAGACAAGAUGAGGUUUAUUGCUUUGGAGGUCUUAUUUUUGGUUUUUCUCUUGAUUGUAUUUUGUAAAUGUCAAAAAAUCAACGGUCAUCUUCGCCUCGCUACUUGUUACAAUCCUUUAGGCAAUCUUCCUAAUGUAUCCAUCAACAAAUUAGGCAUGAUUGAAUCUCAACUGAUUGAAAUGCUUGCAGAGUCCUUGAAUUUCACGUACGAAAUUCACGUUCCAACGGACAUUCUGCAAUUAGGUUCACCCGACGAAAUCCACGGAAACGGAUCUUGGACUGGAAUUUUGGGCCAACUCGUCCGUGAAGAAGUGGAUAUGACUGCUACUUUCGGUCCCCAGCUAUAUUCAAGAGAUUCGGUUUUUGAUGUCACUGUGCCGAUCAUUUUGGACAAUAUUGCAAUCAUUGUCCCGUAUCCACGGCAAAAUAUUGAUGCCUUUGCAAUUUUGAACGUUUUCUCCCCAUCGAUGUGGAUCCUGUAUUUGGCAGCUAACUUUGCCGUUGGAUACGUUGUUUGGAUUGUGAUGUACCUUAAGAAAGGACCUGAGCAAAAGAUAUUAACAUACCAGGACAUUCUCACAAAUGGCGUCGGAAUAGUUUUUGGACAAGGUGGAGAUCUUUCACGGACGAGACACCGUUCGCUGGCUUCUCGCAUGAUUAUAGGAUCGUGGCUUUUUACUGUGUUGGUGUUUGAUUACGCCUUUACUGGAUCCAUCAUUUCGAUUAUAACUACUCCUAAAUUACAUUUCAUUGUCCAUUCAAUCGGAGAUGUGGUGGCAAACAAAGAUAUCCAACCACUCAUUAUUAACGAGUCCAGUACACACACCGAAUUUAAGGAAUCUAGUGACCCAAUUUAUCAAGAAAUCUAUAAGCGCGUAAGGGAAAACCCGGAACUUCUAGUUUCACCCUCCAGCGAAUUUGUGGAACUUUUACUAAGCAAACCAAACCAGGUUUUAGUCAUGUCUGAUCUUUUAGCAGAUUCCGAAAUCGAGAAAGACUUGAGGAGAACCGGAUUUUGCCGAGCGACGAUUCUGCCGGAGAAAGUGAAAUCGAGACAAAACAGCUUGUUCCUUCAAAAGGAUAGUCAGUUUACCAAGGCAAUCAACAAUCAGCUUUUGUUGCUGAGGCAAACAGGUUUGUCCAACUAUUUGGAUGCCACCCAUCACAGUUUUGCGUCGAGGUGUUAUAUAGACGAGCGCAAAGUGGAAAACGACAAACGGAACCGCCGGAUAGCUCCAUUGACUCUGCACGACCUACGCGGGCUUUUCGGUGCUUUUGGAUUGGCAGUACUCGGUUUUAUAGUGUUUCUUGUUGAAAUCUGCUCUGCCAAAUGUCAGUGUCGUUCUCGUGUGGUAAAAAUUGACUUGUAAAUAAGCUUGUGGGUUUUAUUGUCAAAUAAACGAAUGUAAAAACCGGAAUUCUCCGAGUAUC